AUGUCUACUAACAUCACAACCGCAGCUUCUCUUAGCUUCCUUUCCUCCGCCACCACAAACACCAUUAUCAACAGCAACAUCAAAACCCUAAUAAUCGCAUUCCUUGUCUCCAUUAUUGGCUUUUUGAAACUCAAACGAAGGUCUUCAACACUCAAGAAGGUUAACAAGGGCCUUCCACUUCCUCCAGGACCAACGCCAUGGCCUAUUCUAGGCAACAUCCCCGAAACUCUCCGUUUCAAGCCCACAUUUCGAUGGAUACACCAAAUGAUGAAGGAAAUGAACACUGACAUCGCUUGCAUUCGUCUUGCAAACACCAACAUCAUCCCUGUUCUUUGUCCAGAAAUCCCCCAGGAAAUGCUUAAGAAACAUGAUGCACACUUCGCCGACCGGCCACUUUCAGUGUCAGCAGAUGCAAUAAGUGGUGGAUACAUGACGACAGUCGUUGUGCCUUACAAUGAGCAAUGGAAAAAAAUGAGGAAAAUCUUGGUGUCUGAGAUUAUUUGUCCUGCAAGGCACAAGUGGCUUCAUGAUAAAAGAGCUGAAGAGAGUGACAAUCUUGUGUUCUAUGUCCAUAACCAAUACAAGAACAACAAAGAUGUUAACGUAAGAAUUGCAGCACAACAUUACUGUGGCAAUGUGAUAAGGAAGCUGAUGUUUAAUAGGAGAUAUUUUGGGGAGCCAGUGGAGGAUGGAGGGCCUGGUCCUGACGAGAUUAAGCAUGUUGAGGCAAUUUUUACGGCACUUAAAUAUGUCUACUCAUUUUGUAUAUCUGAUUACGUGCCUUUUCUGCGAGGAUUGAAUCUUGAUGGACAAGAGAAGAUAGCGAAGGAUGCUAAUGAGACAAUUAGGGAUUAUCAAAAUCCUAUAAUCGAUGAGAGAUAUGGCGAAUGGAGAAAUGGUCAACGCAAGCAGAUGGAGGACCUUCUUGAUGUUCUUAUCACUCUCAAAGAUAAUGAUGGCAAACCAUUGCUCACUCUAGAUGAGAUCAAGAAUCAAGCAGCUGAGAUCAUGAUGGCAGCGGUUGAUAAUCCAUCAAAUGCUAUUGAAUGGGCGAUGGCGGAGCUGAUUAAUCAACCUGAACUGCUCAAAAAGGCAAUUGAAGAAAUAGAUAUGGUGGUUGGAAAAGAUAGGCUUGUGCAAGAAUCCGACAUAGCAAAACUCAAUUACGUUAAGGCAUGUGCAAGGGAGUCAUUCAGGCUCCACCCAAUCGCACCAUUCAACCUGCCACACGUGACAAUGCAAGACACCAUUGUCGCCGGUUACUUUAUCCCAAAAGGAAGUCAUGCAAUACUCAGUCGAUAUGGGCUAGGUCGAAAUCCGAAGACCUGGAAGAACCCACUAAAGUAUGACCCAGAACGGCACAUGAACGGACAAGACGUGAUGCUGACAGAGCAUGAUUUAAGGUUUAUCUCAUUUAGUACUGGAAGACGAGGUUGCAUUGCAUCUCUUCUUGGAACUUGUAUGACUACUAUGCUUUUAGCGAGGCUUCUUCAGUGUUUUGAUUGGACACCACCUAGUGGUGCGACUGAGAUUGAUCUUAGCGAGGCUGAGGACGAGCUUUUCCUGAUUAAUCCACUCACUGCUUCUGCUAAGCCUCGUUUGGCUCCGCAUCUAUACCCUACAUCCAACUAA